GAUAAGACAAUAAAAUAAAAAAACAGAUAAAUGUGCAUACUGGUGUGGUUCAUAUGGGAUUUUAUUUUGAAAUCGUUUGCGCCGGUCCGCCAUUUCGUGCUUUUUGGUUGAUGCAGUGUUCACACUAUGGAGUGGGAAUAGCAACAGAGACACGCUAAUACACAGAAGAUGAGUUCUCAGCAGUUUCCUAGGACUGCGGUGCCUCCUCCUGGGGCCGGACCUGGUCAGACUUCUACUGACAGCAGCGUUCUAGGAACACAAUCAGUAGGCAGUGAGGACAGCAGACUUGAAGUGGAUCACUCUCAGGAUCCUCCACCUGGCAGCAGCAGUGGCAGCACUGGUGGAAUAGCAUCGUUCCGUGAUGAUAAGCAGGAGACGGUUGUGGUCAGGCCCUACCCACAGGUCCAAGCCCUCGGCCAACCUCCUGCUCUGCCCCAGCAUGUGCCUAUCCAGCCCAGCCCUCCGGUAACUGUGGCCGCUCCAUCAGUCCAUCUACUGCAGGGCCAGCAGUCGAGCGUCGGUGAGGCCUCUGUAAAGGCUGCCAUGAAGUCGCCUAUGCCUAGUCGUCUUAUAGCACCUGCUCCGGCUGUUAGUCAAGGGCAUAUUCCUGUUCCAGCCAAAGUGUCUGGACAUAUCGCCGUUCCUCUUGAGAGCAGCAUUGCUCCAGCCUCUAUACCAGUGGCAACUAUCAGUGGUCAGCAGGGACAGAGUAACCUGCAUCAUCUUAUGGCCACUAACGUGCAGAUCUUCAGGGGCAGUGCACCUGCGCUACAGAUUGGAUCUCCUGCUCCUCCUCACACUUUUACUUCCCAUCUGCCCAGAGGCGCAGCUGCUGCAGCUGUCAUGUCCAGCACUAAAGGCCCUACUGUUCUCAGACCAGCCGGAGGAGGAAACGCAGGCCCUAGCCAACCUGCAGCUGUGCAGCACAUUAUACAUCAGCCUAUUCAGUCUCGACCUUUGGUGACCACCUCAACGGCUGUUCUACCCACCAUGGUGGCUCCCAUCUCAGCUGCUAGAACCCAGUCCCCAGUCAUCAACACCCCUGUCACACACUCUGCAGAAAUGGUUCAUGGGCGACCAGUAACCAUUCACCCUCCACCAGCCGCCAUCAACAUCCAGCGUCCACCAACCCCCCGGGAAACUGCUACUCGCAUCACCCUCCCCUCCCACCCAGCUAUUGGAGCCCAGAAAGCCCAGCCCCCUCACACCGUCACACAAAAGCCAAUCUUCAACACUGUGACCCCUGUUGCUGCUGCCACUGUAGCUCCUAUCUUAGCUACCAACAGUGCUCCUUCCGCCACCACUACAGGCUCUGCACCACAUACCCAAAUGACCAGUAGCACUAUUGUCACUAUGACAAUGGCCUCUCAUUCCCAUGCUACAGCUGUGACCACCUCUGCUAUUCCUGUCGCUAAAGUGGUUCCUCAGCCCAUUGCCCACACAUCCCCACGCAUCCAGACAGAGUAUCCAGGAGAAAGGACCAACUUGAUAUCCAUAUCGGGUCAUCGCUCUUCACCAAACCCUGUCAACAUGGAAGCCCGCAGCGAUAACAGGCCGUCGGUCCCAGUGCAGUUUCAGUACUUCUUACCCACACAGUACUCAUCCCCGUAUCCUCUGACCCACACCUACACCCCCAUCACCAGCUCUGUCUCCACCAUCCGCCCCUACCCAGUCACGGCCUCAGCUCAGAGCCCAGCUCUUCCUGCUCAGGCUGGUGUGGGUGUGGCCACCACUGUGCACUUGAACCCAAUGCAGCUGAUGGCGGUGGAUCGCAUCGGCCUGCCAUCUGCACAGAUAAGCACCCAGAACAUCCAGCCAGCCUCUAUGACUGCUCAGGGCAUUCAACCUGCACCAAUAGGAGUGCAGGGGCUGCAUGCCGCUGCACCAAUCAGCACACAGAGCGUACAGCAGGCUCCGGUCGCCACACAACAGCCACAAUCAGAAGCAAAACCACCAGGUGUCGUUUUGGCUGAAAGUCCUGCUUUUGUAACUAAUCCAAUCGGAAGCACUUUCAGUGGCACGCAGUCUGUCACUACGAUGGUGCAGACACACCCUCAGGGGGCGGGCACAGGUGCACCCACACUUGUCUCGUCCCCCCGACCUAGCAUCCUUCGCAAGAAACCUGUGAACGAAGGGGCAGUACGUAAAAGUCUGAUCCCAGCGCAACCGAGUGAGCCUAAUGCUGGCCGAGUGGAUAGUGGGAUAAGGCUGUCGGGAUCCCCUCGCCCAGCGGGAGUGAAGCCCAAAUCUGAUGUUCAUGUUGCUAUGGCGCCUCCGGUCAUGGCAACCGUGGAGGCUCUUCCGAGUCACGGAGGUGAGCAGCAGAAGCUGUCCACUCCUGCUCAACAUCAUUCACAGGCCAUUCCCACCCUUCUGGCUCCACCAGCUCCGACACCUCCUCAGCCCACUGCCGUUCUUUCAGCCCUGCCCGCAGCCAUGGCUGUCACCCCCCCUGUGUCUGCCUCCAUGGCCAAUGCAGUGGCCUCUCCCACCCAGCCAGCGGCCAGCAGCACUGCUGCCCUGAGCUCCACCCUUCCAGAAGUUAAAGUAAAACAGGAAAUGGAGCCAAUGGAUACUUCACAAGCAGUGCCCUUAGCUCCUUCUUCGAUGGGUCCGGCUCCAUCCCUCUCCUCCCAGGCCUCCACCCUGGCCAUAUCUGCUCAACCUGGAGACCUCCUGCCUGGGGCCUCCCCGAGGAAGAAACCCCGUAAACAGCAGCAUGUGAUCUCCACUGAGGAGACAGAGAUGAUGGAGACCAACAGCACAGACGAAGAGAGAGCUAGCAGCCGAGCUCCAGGAAACAGGCCUGAAAGACAUGAGUCUCCACCUAGAGAAUAUGUCGAUGAGGACGGUGUUCGCUAUGUGCCAGUCCGUCCCAGACCUCCCCUCACUCUUCUACGCCAUUACCGUAACCCGUGGAAGGCUGCUUAUCACCACUUCCAGAGGUACAGCGACAUCAAAGUCAAAGAGGAGAAGAAAGGAAGCCUUCAGGACAUGGCCAAUCAGAGAGGAGUAGCAUGUCGUGCUCAGGGCUGGAAAGUGCACCUGUGUGCCGCACAGCUGCUGCAGCUGUCUAACUUGGAGCAUGACGUGUACAGCCGGCUGACCAGCCUGCAGGAAGGGCUCAUCCCAAAGAAGAGAGCUGGAGCUGAUGAUGACUUGCACCGCAUUAAUGAGCUCAUACAGGGUAACAUGCAACGCUGCAAGCUCGUGAUGGAUCAGGUGACUGAAGCUCGCGACACCAUGAUGAAAGUAUUGGACCAUAAGGACAGAGUCCUCAAGCUGCUCAACAAGAACGGAACCCCCAAGAAGAGCUCCAAGUUAAAGCGCAAGGAGCGGGCAUAGAAGCCACUCCAUGGUCUUAAUCUUUCUCCUUCAGCGUAGUUGGACACAAGAAUGCUCUUCAAAAGCUGGAUCUGUCAUGGUUUAUCAGGAUGCUGUGCACAAUCAUCUACUUUCUUUUACAGUCUCAAAGAGAGAGAGAGAGAGAUAUUUGUAAACCAUCGAACUGUUUUUACAGGAACUGCUGCUUACUGUGGACCAUCAGACUGUCCAUUGGGUAUAAGGCAGCCUGGUUAACCAAUGCUUUUUGUUUUUCCCCUAAAGAAAUUCCUUAAGUAUUUCAUUUUAAAAGAAACAUUAUGUUGUAUUGUUUUUUUGUUGUUGUUGUUGUAGAGGCAAAGCUUUUGCUGUAGUGGAUUUAAGAUCAGAAAGGUCAUGUUUGCUAGAUGUAACUUCUGUAUUCAGUUUGAUUCACACCAGUACACACUGCACACAUACAAACACUCACAAUAGUGUGUGAACUUUCCAUGUUUGGUGCCUUGUAACAUGGGUGAAACUGGGGGAUUUUUUUUUAUUUUUUAUUUUAUUUUAUUUUAUGUACGUUAAACACAAAAGUUAAACACUCCCAGAUUAGUCAACAAAUUAAGCCCACAAUGAAAAUGAGGUAAUAGUCUUGUACUAACCAGAUAAUGAUAGCCCUAACUCUUCUAGUUUGUUUUUUCAUCACUGUAAACAUUCAAGUGCUAUAGUGACUGAUAAUAGUACAAAGCAGUGAAAUGUGUACUUGAAAGAAUCAGUAUAAUUAUGUGAAUUUAUAUUAUAAGAAUGUGUGGAUUGUUUUAUGUUUCAGUGUAAGAAGAUUGUUGUUAAUGGAAGUGACAUUGUUUCACUGAGUCUUUUUUUUUUUUUUUUUUGUGCUGUUUUACAGACUGUAAGUGAAUGUCGUUCUGCGUUUGAAUAAUAAUUUUGGUUUUGUACAUUUUUUUUUCAUUCAUUUAUUUUUCUGUGUGUACUCUAUUAUGUGCUAUUGCAGUAAAACUGGAUACAUUUACAAAGCA